CUUCUCUCUCUAUUUCUCACAACAGAAACAACUAAUUAAAUUAUCCAGAUUUCUUUCUUCUCACACUCUUUUUUUACUGUUACUUCCCAUAUAAUCAGAGUGAAACUCAAGAUAAUUCAUUCUUCUUCAUAUAACAAUGGAGUUUCUUUCUGUCGAUCUCCAUUUUUCUCUCUCCUCCUUGUGAAAAAAAGUACACUGUGAUCUUCUUCAUUGACAAACUAAAUUAAAUUCCCACAGAUUUUAUUGUACGUCAUUAAUGGUGGCUGUGAAUGAGACCUGCAAAUUUGUCUCUGCUUCUCUCUCUCCUAAAUACCCAACAACAACUUUGAUGUGACUAAACCUUUGUAAAAAAAAAAGAACUCUCUUCCCCAGAAAAAAAAAGUAUUAUUUUACAGAAAUUUAAUCUUUUUCCGCCAUUGUUGAGUGCUCUUGAAAAAAACCCAGAUGUUGACUUGUAUAGCUUGCACAAAGCAUUUAAAUGGCGGAUCCUUGGGAACUCAAAAACAACGGGAAGAAGACGAUGAUGUUGUCGCAACACCCAGCAAAAAACAACCCAUCAAAACCCUCACAACUCAAAUAAAGGGAAUGGCGUUGAGGGCAUCAGGUGCAUACAAGAACUGUAAGCCAUGUGCAGGGGGGAAGAGUGAGAAUAGGAAGAGUUAUGAGGAAUCAAAUGGUGGGUCUGGUUCUUCUGGAAGAUUCCAUUGUGGGUAUCAAAGGGCGAAUUCGACGGCCAGGGUUUGGGGGAAGGAAUUGGAUGGGAGGGUUACGAUUAAGGGAGUGGGAAUGCUUUCCAGUGGCGAAGGGACGCCGGUGUCUGUGAGCGGGAGGUCGGAAUCAGUGGUGUUGAUGGAGGAGGAUGAGCCUAAGGAGUGGGUUGCUCAAGUUGAGCCUGGUGUUCUUAUUACUUUUGUUUCCAUGAUUCAGGGUGGUAAUGAUCUCAAGCGCAUUCGCUUUAGCCGUGAGCUUUUUAAUAAGUGGCAAGCUCAAAGAUGGUGGGCAGAGAACUAUGACAAGGUGAUGGAACUUUAUAAUGUUCAAAAAUUCAAUCAACAGGCUGUACCGCUAGCAACCCCUCCUAGGUCUGAAGACGAGAUCUCGAAGAUUGGAUCUGCACAGGGUAGUCCUGCAACACCCCCAUUGAGUAAAGAAUGUUUGCCUCGGAACUUCCAUCGUCCAACAGGGUUGGCAUAUUCUUCAUCGGAUUCACUUGAUCAGCAUGCAUCUCGCCAAUACUAUGAGUCGUGUGGACUUGCUUCGACGCCUAAGCUCUCUAACAUUAGUGCUUCAAAAACAGAGACAUCCUCAAUUGAUGCAUCUGUUAGGAGCAGCUUAUCAAGAGAGGUAGAUCACUCGGGUGAACUUUCGGCCAGCAUAGCUAGUGACGUUGAGACUGAAUGGGUUGAGCAGGAUGAACCUGGGGUCUACAUCACUAUCAGAGCAUUGCCUAAUGGUUCUCGGGAGCUUCGACGUGUCAGAUUCAGUCGAGAGAGAUUUGGUGAAAUGCAUGCAAGAGUAUGGUGGGAAGAGAACAAGGGCAGGAUCCAGGAACAAUACUUGUAAUCUAAGCUGCUCUUCGACUUACUGGAUCUCUCCUAGGCGCACAAGAGUUCAAUUAAGGAAGCAGAAAGACUGAUGGGGAAUAUUGAACACACAUACAGGAAACGUUUUUUUUUUUUUUAACCUUGGGUUUAUAUAUAGUUUUCUAAAUAUAGAUAUUAAUGUAGUUGAAGUUUGGUUGGAGCAUUAGGUAGAAAGAUGUUCAGAAAUGAGCUCGGUGAAUACAGAAGUUGAAGAGAAAUUUUGGUAUGAAAUGACUUUGUAAAAACUCCAAGUAGCUCGAUUCACAGAAACUACUUACUCGCAUGCGAGAAAUUAGUCGAACUAUACUCGGGACCUUCCAGUACUUUGUGUAAAUCUUCUCCAUGUUUAGACGUUAGAGUAAUUUCGAACGAAUUUGAUAUAUAAUGAACUUUUAACAUGCUUGAUAUGUAGCUUAACUUUGUUAAGCCAAUUGUAAGCAGUGAUUAUGAUUCUGUUAUGUGCA